AUGCAGGGUGCUCUCCUCGCCAAGUAUUUUACCACCUCCAAGAAGCACCACUCGUGGAAGGGCUGUGUGGGCAGUGGCCGCACAGAGUUCUGCGCCCACCCGGGCUUUAUCAAGAUCCGUGCUACAAGGCUAAAGGCAAAUAUCUGGAUAUUUUGA